CUAAGGGAUGUGAUAAUUAAAAAGAUUCCCCCUCAGUUUGAGCUCAAGAUAUCCAAGUCAUUGAUUCUUAAAAGUAUGUGUGAAAAUUUUUAUGUAACAUUUUAUAGUAAAGACGGCUUGAACAUUUUAUAGUAAAGACGGCUUGGUUUUGAUGAAGGGUGUAUAAUUAUUUUAUUAUUUUUAGUCAAAACAUUUAGCAAAUGUAUUUUUUGUUGAAUAACAUCUAAUUUAUUCAAAUUUCUAUACAAUUUUUUUAGUUAAGAUAAGACAAAUAAGAUUAUACUAUCAAUCCAAAUAGAUGGAUUUUUUUUAUUGCAUCGUACAUAUUCAUUUUCAACACAUAAAUAAAUACAUAUUUUAACAAAGACAACAUUUUACAAUUAUAACAAUUUAACACAAGACAUUUAAAGUAUUUCUCUGGCGUAGAAAGCAGCCAUCAAUAAACCCCUUUAGUGACAAUGACUUAAUUAGUGAUCAUUUAUAUUUGGUAACCCUGAGGGAGCAUGCUGGUAAACUCGUACAGACUGGGGAACAAAAAGAAUUUUUUAUAUCUUUUGGUCCUAAAUUUAAGAGAAAGAAUUCGCCCUGAUCGAGCUGAUCUUAGGUAUCUGUGAUGAUGAGGGUGGAGUCAUCCAAAAAUUUUCUUGAAAUAGUUCAUCAAGUGAAGAAUGAUUAGUAUAUGUGAUAUUACUAGCUUUCUUGAUUAGUCUAUUUUCUAUUUAAUCUGUACUUGAGGUUUAAUGUUGGUUAUGUUUAAAUUUCAGUGAAACCCGUUUUCAAACCUUUAAAUAAACCCCAGAAGUUGGCCAUUUUGAAGGUGUUGAUGGCAAAGGAUUAUGUUUUAAUAAGAGGUUUUCCUGGAACAGGUAAAAAGCAUUAAAUUUUUAAAAACUUUUUGGUGAAAAAAUGUUGCAGAAAUAUUCUUAUAUUUCUAGCUCAAAAAGUCAUAGGUUUAUUGACUCCUUUAAAAUGUAGUUAAUCCAUACAUGGCAAUCUCCCUUCUGAAUUAAUUUUCUGUACUUAGGCUUCUAAAAAUAGGUACAAAAAAAUUAAAAGAAAUAAUAAAUGUAAUCUAUUUUAAUUAGUAUUUUAUAUCGGUUACUUGUUUGCAUGCCCUUUUUAUGAGUUUUUUAAAAUUAGGUUUAUGUUAAAUUCAUCCUGAAAAAUAAUUGUGAUUGUCUGUUUCCGCUAUCAGUCUGUAUUUUUAUGGCAUCCAGAAUGAUCUUUCAUAGUUUGAAAUGCUGUGAGGCAAGGUCGGCCAGUUUUACAGUAAAGAGAUGUAAAAUAUAAUUUCAGAUAAUAAAGCUUUUAAAUUUCUUUAUCGCCAACCAUGUAAAAUGCAGUCAUUUGUGUGUAAUGUUCCAAAUCUUGAUGCCUUUAGGAAAUUAAAUGGAUUAAUUGGCUUUAAGCUCCAUUUUGAUCACUGUAGAACUGCUUGUAAGAUAUAAAAAAAAGUUCCCCUCAACUAUACCCCUUUGAACAAAUGUGCAAAUAAAAUAUUAUAUUUUUGGAACAACCAGGGAAAACAAUGUACAACAUGUUGACAGUUAGGUACUUAUUAAAAAAUACCCAAAAAUAGGUACACAAAUUGAGGGAAAAGGUACCACUUGACAUGUAAGAGUUCUUGCCUCUAUUUUUUAUAAUAUUUUGAAGCUCAUUUACUUGAAUUCAGGAAAAACUUCAACAAUUGUAGCAUUAGUUCAAAUCUUGCUACUCACUGGACAAUCUGUGCUCCUAACUAGUUACACCCAUUCUGCUGUUGAUACCAUACUGCUCAAGUUAAAAGAGGUGAGGAGAAACUUAAAUCUCAGAUGCUUGACUCAACUGUAGGUUAUGUUAUAGUUUACUUAAAUCAAUAUUCAAUAAAUAAUUGAAAAAUAAUACUGAAAAAACAUAUGUAAUUUUAAAACAUACACUGUCUGAUCCAUCUUCUGUUGUAGGCCGGUGUACGUUUCCUGAGACUGGGUCGUAGAGGUCGUAUUCACCCAUCCAUUCUUCCAUAUUCAUCUGAGAUCCUAACAAGUUUUCCCGACAUAAAUUCUGUCCAGAAGCUGAAGCAGUUUUACGACUCUUAUGUGAGUUUUCUUUUAGUGUGCAAACUAUUGAAAUUGUGCAAAAAGCAUAUCCCAUUUUUCUCUGCUGAAUUUUUGGUUAUGAAUGUACCUUUUCAUCUGAUUUUAUUAAUACUUUGUAUAUAUAUUUAUAGAUGAUGAAAUGCUAAAUCUUUACGUUCUUGAAAUCUUAGUUUUUUAUUAAUUUUUUAAUUUUUUUUUCUUUUUUGCUUUAGGAUGUUAUAGCCACAAGUUGUUUAGGCAUGAACAACCCGCUAUUCAACAUGAGGAAAUUUGAUGUGUGCAUCGUAGAUGAAGCAUCUCAGGUCCUCCAGCCUGCUUGUUUGGGCCCUUUGUUUAACUGCAGUAAAUUUGUACUUGUUGGAGAUCCAAAGCAGCUGCCACCAAUAGUGAAGAGCAAAGAAGCCAGGUAAUGAACACACUGUUACGGUACUAUUCUGUUUUAAAAUAAGUAAUAUAACUUUAUUGCUGCUUUAGCUGUGAUAAUGAAAUGCUGAGUGUUUUCAAAUAUACAAACAUACUUAACAAAUAAUGCCUGCCAUACAAAAAAAAUAAGCCUGUCAAACGUUUGGCCAUGACAAUCUUAAAAAUUAGUAACAGUAUUAGUAUUUUUAAGCUAUGAAAUGCUUACUGGCAUGAGUAGACUUGUGUAAAUAAAUAUGCCCUUGUUCCAAUAGAAAUCUAGGUAUGGAUGAGAGCCUCUUUGCAAGACUAGAAGGCUGUGGUGCCACCUAUGAUCUCAAUUUACAGUAUCGCAUGAACAGGUUAGUAAUUGCUUUUCUUUACUAUUAAACUAAAAUCUUUGAUCAAAUGUGAUCAUAAAGUUUUUCUAUUUUGUUUUUUAAUUUGUAUUUUGAUAUCCUUUCAAUUAAUUUAUGAAUUCAAAAUCUAGAACAUUAAACAUAAAUUAAAAAUGAAUGAUAAUGUUUAACUUUGUUUCCAACAGAGUCAUCAUGGAAUUGAGUAACCAACUUGUCUAUCAAGGGAAGCUAGAGUGUGGUAGUGCAGCAGUGGCAGAGCAGUGUUUAGAACUAGAUAUGGAAAGUUUACAGGUAAUUUUUCGUUUAAACUAAGUUAUUCAUACACACUUUUGGUUUUAGAAAGCAGCAAGUAAACCAAAAAAGUAAAUUUGGAGUUCUUUCCUUUAGUAUUCAACAGUAAACUUAACAGUAACUUGUAAUUAUUUGACGAAUAAACUUGUUGUAGAAGGUUGGACACCUGUGUGCUGUGACUUUCUUUAAUUGCAAUACUUUAAUUUUGUAUAAUUUAUGAUCACACCACAAGAAUUUGCAUGUACGCUAAACAGUUAAUCUAAUAGAAUCCAGGUUCCCAACCUACAAGUUGCUACACCAAAAUGGGGUCUCGAAUGGUUUUUCUAUGGUAUCACCAGAGCUGAAUCAAUAAAUUUAGAAAAAAGGAUGUUUAAUCAAUGUUCAUUUUGAUUGAUGACUACAUAAUAUCAUUUGCUUCUACAUAUUUCUGUGGGAGUGGAUUUUCAAUGCCUCUAUAUUUGAAAAUAAGACACAGAGUAAAUUUAUAGAAUAGCAAAACUCAACUGCAAAUUUCAAAGCUUUUUUAAUGAGUUACAUUUUCGUCAUUGCAUUAAAUAUUUCAGGUAAGUUAACAUUAUAAUGAAUAUUAUUUAAAUUGAGAAUUUUUUUUUUUUAAAUACGUUUUUCGUACACCCUGUAAAAGUACCUUUUGACACGUAUCUAUUCUAUUCUAGGGUCGGAUCUUAUUAAAUGGGUUGGUGAAUUCAUUACAUUAUUGGUUGGCUAUUCUAAUUGUAAACCUUAGAUUUCACUUAGGGCUCCUUUGAUUACUGUAAAUGAGUAAUACACCAGAUAGGAUUUAUAUAGGAAAUAAAUUAAUAAGAUUUGGUAUGUUACUCCAUAUGGUAUAAACCAAAUCCACAAUUUUUUGUAGCUGCCAUGUCUUUUUCCUGUUAAGUUUUUAAAUUUUACUUUCCCUCACUUCCUUUCCGUUCUUCUUAACCCACAAACUGUGCUUGCAACUAUUCUGUACUGUGCAGGCAAUUUAAUAGCUUUUUGGGUGCCUUUGAAAAGGGGGAUUUUUCACCAUAGCUAGACCCCAUAAAGUAUUUAUUUAUUGAAAUUAGGCUGAGUGGGGAAUCAUAUUGUCUAUUUUGUUAAAGCUAUUUUAUACUCUGAGACUGUGACCUUGACCAUGCAAUGACCAAAACUAAAGAAGAUGAAAAUUUUUCUUUUCAAGUACCUCAAACUACAAUUUUUUAAAGGUAUAUUAUUAUAAUGUUUAUAUAAUAUGAUAGCAUUUUUAUUUAUCUUUCAGAAAAUGUAUUAUUUGGUAUAUGUUUUAGUUAUUAAUAGAUUUUUAAAAAAAAUUCUUCGGAUACCUAUAAUUACGUUCAAGUAACAAAGCAUGACAUAAACAAUAUAAACGUUACUAAAUAGCAAGAAACAGAUAAAAUCUUAAAAGCAGCUAUAUAAAUAUUUAAUCCAUAAAAUGAAAUAUAAGGCAACAUAUAGAGAACAACAUCCAAUUAUUUUUUGUUGGUACACAAUCAUCUGCAACAUAGUUUUCAACAAGUCCUGUUUUUUAAGCAACGCCUACUCGUUAUAGGCCUAGGUCUAAAUUGUCAGAGUACGAACUUUCGCUUUCUGACAUACAAGAAAAAUAAUCGGUUCGUGUGUGAUCGGAAAAUCAUCUUCCGAAUCACCAGUCAUUAACUAAAAAGUUAUCAAAAAGAUUUUUAACUGAUUUAUUUUGUAAGUCAGAUGGUCCAGCUAUGGCCUCAUCCAUUUCGUGAAAAUCCACUUACACAAAUUUUCUUGAUAAAGAUCGUUGUAAAAUAACUCCAAAGUUUACAAAAAGGACACAGAAGAGCGAAAAACGGAAGUUUAUUUAUUAAUUAAAAGGAAAUAGUUUUAUUUAGUGUAAAAUAUUGGACUGAAAGUUGUUCUUUCAACACAAUUUUUAUUGGCCGAUACAGUAUAGAAAGAGAAAAUCUACCCAUUUAAUCGGCCGACCACAGUUUGGGGGUUAACUUUGUUUUUUUCUGGGUUUGCGCCCACUCUUAUUCUUUUCUAUUUUUUAGGUAGGAUACAUCUAAAUAUAUAUUAUGUAAAUUUAAUUUAUACUUAUUUAAUUGUUUUGCUUUUUGGACUGAUGAAGGCAUUUUCCGAAAAGUUAAAAUUUGUAUUUUGUAAAAUCAUCAUUAAAGCUGAACAUAUAUUGUUUUAUUUACACAAAUUAUUUGUGUCUAAUUAAUCCAGUUUUAUAAAAGUAUGUUUGUUAAAUUGUACCUCUACAUACAGGCAUGUCCAGCAUGGAUGAAAGAAGUUCUUAGUCCUGUACUGCAAAAUUCAGUGGUAUUUCUGGAUACUGGAAUGGUAAGUUCAAAUUUUAGAAUACUAAAUGUAUGAAGGCUAUAUUUUUUAGUUCAGGCAGUGUUAAUGCUAUAUCAUCAGAAUAUUUAUUUAUUUAUUUAUGUAGGCAUUUUUAUAUAGCGCUUAUCAUAAAGCUCUAAGCGCUUUACAAUUAUUAAAACAUGUAAACUAAGUAAAUACAAAUGAGACACUAGGAUAGUAACUACUAUUCUAUAGAAACAAUGAAAAUGGCUAUAAAACGAGGACACUUUGACACUUCAGGAUCAACCCGAAACAGAAAAUGAGGUAGGGCAAGGAGGGUGCAUCACAGGUCAUAGGCGGACCUAAACAGAUGAGUUUUAAGGGACUUUUUGAAAAUGGACGAGGUUUCACUAUGACGUAUAUGGAAGGGGAGCUGGUUCCAGAACGUGGGCCCAUGGAAGCAGAAGGAGCGUUCACCGAUGGUCUUAGUUUUAGUUCUUGGGAUUGAGAGGGUUCUACUGUCAAUGGAAGAACGUAGUAAUAUCAAAAAUAUUAUUUAUCAAUGCAGAGUGUAAAUCUGUUUUAAACAUUAUAUUAAGAGUGCUUUAUUGUUUGAAAUUCUUUAAAUUACAUUGAGCAAAAUAAUAACUGUAGGCUUUAAAAAAAAUUUGAUUGUUUAUUCCAAUUAGACAAAUACAAAAGAGUCUAAAGAUGGAAAAGGUUUUUUCAAUAAUUUUGAAGCAGAACUGGUUGUGUCCAUUUUACAGACUCUAGUGAAGGUGCGUAAACUGUUACAAAAUUUCUCAGAGAUUAGUAACCAGGGUUCUAGGGCAGUGCUCCUAGAGGCACAUUUCCUUGUUUGGUCAAGUAAUCUCCCCACCCCUGUGUGCUGCUACCCAUGAUCCAAUGGGGGCAAGUCUUUAGUAAGUCCUUUCCAAUCCUUGAGAUGGCACCCCAGGAAACCUGUUCUCCGUUAAAUAUGAGUGCUGGUGUAUUGUGAGGGACUUUCCGGACAUGCCUUGUCACUAUCUGGCACCCCUUAAAUAAAGCACACCAAGCUGGGGGUAAUAAAGAAUGUCACUUUUGUUUACACAUGCAUAUCAAAUUUUUGGUCUGCUUGAGGUCGGGUUUAUUAUAUGUAAUAUGCACUGUUAAUUUUGUUUAUUAUUUUUUAUAAUAUUUAUUAAAUACAUGUGUAUGGUAUCAUAAGAAUACAGAUAGAAAGGUGCUAUUUUUUAUAUUAAUUUUGCUUGUUUUAAAACUUUUUAUAGGCAAAUUUAAAAUCUGAAUCUCUUGGAGUGAUAUCUCCCUACAAUUCACAAAUUAAGCUCAUACAGCUGAAAGUUAAAGGCUGCCAUGAUGUGGAUGACAUAGAAGUGAAUACAGUUGAUCAAUAUCAAGGCAGAGACAAAUGUGUCAUCAUUGUAUCAUUUGUGCGCACAGAAAAGGACCAUGUAAGGAUUUGCAUCCACACAUUAUUUGCCUUGGAAUCCAUACGUUUAUAGUAAAUAUUAAAGUUGAAUUAGACUAAGAGAAAUUCAUAUUCGUUUUUAUUGGAAAGGAAUGUUUCCUGUCGAUUGGGGCGCUAAUGAUCAGAUACUUCAACAAAAAUAUAUUGAAUGAGAUUAAAUGUACUUUUCCUUUAAAUGGGGUUGCAGUUAUAUUUUUAUAUUGGUAUUUAAAAUUAAAAUGCUAGUACUUUUAAAUAAUAGAAUAAGCUGCUGGAUGACUUUUUGUUUAUAGAUUGUCAAAAUUUAAAGAUUUUAGAUUAUUUAUAAACAAAAAUGUUAAAGAUUUAACAUUAUUUAACUAGAUAUUAUUAAUGACAUGACAUUUUAUAUGAUGGCUUGAUAGUUUGAUAAUUUCACAAUAAACGUUGGUGCUGAUUUAUACACUCCCACCCCACACAGGUGAACCUGUAGAUCGCAUAACUAAACUAAUCUUAUUCAUGGCAACAGGCAUAUUCCCCAAUGGGCUUAGUGAUUAGUAGUUAAUGAAAGUUAUGUUCAUCUUUCAAUGUCCUUAUAUUUGAAAACUUGCUCUAGCGCUGGGCAAAAUAUUUUCUGUUUUUUUUGUGGGUUUUUUUUUACCAUAUUGAAACUUAAAAUUUGACCUAAACAAGUUAAGGUCUUGUUGAAAUGGUUUUAUGACAUAUAAGCAUAAUCAUAUCAUGUUUAUCUUUUUUUCAGGUAGGUGAACUUUUAAAAGAUCUGCGACGAUUAAAUGUUGCACUAACAAGAGCUAAGCAUAAGCUGAUUCUUAUUGGCAAUGCUGCAGCUUUAAAAUCGUAUGAACAUGUAGCCAAACUGCUGAUAUGGUUGGAGGAAAACAAUAAUGUA